AUGAAAAAUUCAUACGGAACUAUCAAUAAAAAUCAAGCCGUAUGCAAUACCAUAAUGUGUCUGAUAUUUUUACUUUAUGUCUGCCCAAUGCAACUGAGCGGUGCAGACAUUCUCGUUCAGUAUUCCCAUAUACUCGGAGGUUCCGCAAUGGCAGCUUAUGAAAUUUCUCAUUUAUCUCAUCUUCUGACUGCUCUCAAUCGAUUUUGUGUUGUAUUUUUCCCAUUUUAUUACAAAACACUAUUUUCGAAAUUGGGAACAAUUGUAAUAAUUCAUGCAAUCUGGGUAGUUUCUAUAUUAUUUUGUGUUUUGUUUUAUGAAAUACUUGGUUGCUUAUUCACCUUUGAUGAAGUAUCAUGGACAUUCGGAUUUCUGACAACUAAAAAAUGCAAUCAGAUGACCUGGUAUACCGAUCUUAUUUUGAAUACUGCAAUGAUAAUUAUAAUAUUGGUAGUCAACCUGCUGACAGCUUUCAAAGCAGGAAAAAACAGUCGAUCUUUGAUGAAUGCUGCCGGUAUUAAGAUGUCAAAGAAACAAAAACAACGAGAACUUGGAUUUAUUAAACAAACAUUUCUUCAAGGAAUAUGUCUUUUUGCUGGUCAAUUCACAUAUUAUCUCAUUGCUCCAUUACUCUCAGAUACUGUGCUCUUGUUUCUUCUGCUUGAUAAUUCUAUUUUCAAACAACGAGAUACUUGA